AUGGGCGCGCUUCACAAAGUCCGCGUCUUCCUGUGGGGCGAAAAGCCGGCGACAAAACUCGAACAGCGUCUGGUGCUCAAGAUCGACUGCGUCGUCAUGACGUUCUGCACGCUCCUCUUCUUGUCCAACUACCUGAAUCGCGCCAACUUCUCCAACGCCUACCUGACCGGCAUGAAGGAAGACCUGCACUUCCACGGCAAGCAGUUCAACCAGGUCAACUCGAUCUUCACCGCGGGCUACAUCAUCGGCCUGUGGCCCAACAACCUGAUCCUCCAAGUCGUCCCGCCGCGCUACUGGCUGCCGUUCUGCGGCGCCAUGUGGGGGAUUCUGUCGGCGUGCUUGGCGGCGACCAAGACGCCGGAGCAGGUCAUGGCGAUCCGCUUCCUGCAGGCCUUGUUCGAGAGCUCGACGUUUACCGGGUGUCAUUGGAUCUUGGGCUCGUGGUACAAGGAGGAGGAGCUCGGCAAGAGAUCCGGCAUCUUUUCCACGUUUGCCCAGAUGGGCUCGCUGUGGUCCGGUGUCAUGCAGGGGCGCAUCAGUCAGACGAUGAACGGGCACUUGGGGCUCAAGAGCUACCAAUGGUUGUUUAUCGUCGACUUCUGCCUGGCGAUGCCGAUUGCGCUGUUUGGGUUCCUGCUGUUCCCAGACACGCCCAGGAAGACCAAGGCGUGGUUCCUGACGCAGGAGGAGCGCGAGCUGGCUGUGGCGCGCUUGCCGCAGCACGAGCCGACCAAGCUCUCCUGGAACCUGGUCAAGCGCGUCUUUGGCCGCUGGCACAUCUACAUGUUUGCGCUCCUGUUUGGCUUCGGCAGCAUGCUCGAGUCUGCAGGCAUCAACAGCGUCAUGGGCUUCUGGUUCAAAUCCAUGCACUUUUCCAAGGCCCAGAUCAACUACUACCCGCUCAGCCUGAUCAGCAUCGCCAUCUUCCUCACGCUCAUUGCGGCGUACACGACCGACUAUGUGGGUAGCCGCUUCUGGGUCAACCCGCUGAUGGGCGUCAUCGUGAGCGUGAGCAGCAUCAUGCUGCUCGUGUGGGACAUCCCGUAUGGCGCCAAGUUCUUUGCGUUUGCGAUUCAGGGCGCCGGGUACAUGGGGCAGGCGACCAACUUCGCCUGGGCCAACAUCGUGUGUCGCAGGGACGACCAGGAACGCGCCAUGGUGCUCGCGGGCAUGAAUGUGCUCAGCAACAUCGUCAACUCGUGGUGGAGCAUCACCUUCUGGGCGGCCACCGAUGCGCCCAAGUACAGAGACGGCUGGAUCAGCAUGUUGCCCCUGGCUGUCUUUGUCACGUUGGUCUCGCUGGCGAUUGUGUAUCUCGAGAGGCGCGAGAAGAGGAAUAGCGCGGGCAUGUAUCCCGUGGGUGAGGAACAGCCACAGACGUACACUCUGCCUGCAGACAAGCCUGUGGUCACUGACCACGACGACGAUGCCGCAUCGUCAGACAAGGAGAAGCCAUAA